AUGGCCGGCAGCGGCAGGGAAAGGGAGCCGCUGGUGGUUGGUAGGGUGGUGGGCGACGUCCUGGACCCCUUCGUCCGGACCACCAACCUCAGGGUCAGCUACGGCACCAGGACCGUAUCCAACGGCUGCGAGCUCAAGCCGUCCAUGGUGGUGAACCAGCCCAGGGUAGAGGUCGGGGGACCCGACAUGAGGACCUUCUACACCCUCGUGAUGGUCGACCCGGAUGCUCCGAGCCCAAGCGACCCAAACCUUAGGGAGUAUUUGCACUGGCUGGUCACUGAUAUUCCGGGAACUACUGGGGCUGCAUUUGGGCAAGAGGUGAUCCGCUACGAGAGCCCUCGGCCGACCAUGGGGAUCCACCGCUUCGUGCUGGUGCUGUUCCAGCAGCUGGGGCGGCAGAUCACGGUGUACGCCCCGGGGUGGCGCCAGAACUUCAACACCAGGGACUUCGCCGAGCUCUACAACCUGGGCCCUCCCGUGGCGGCCGUCUACUUCAACUGCCAGCGUGAGGCCGGCUCUGGGGGAAGGAGGAUGUACUCAUGA